AUGUAUUGGCGUCGGGUAGUGCUCCAAUGGGUACGGUGUUCUGACCUUAACCCAAGAAGUGAUCACGUCGAUCUUAAAUCGUUUUAUGAUGCGUUUCGGAUCAAGAUUGAUUUAAACCAUUUGGUGCCAGAGUGCCCUAUAAAUUUCUUGCAAACUCAUUUUCCUGAUUUCGAAUUGAAAGCGUCGAAUGUUAAUGAAAUUCUGGAAUCGGAUCAUAUUUAUGUCUUCUCAUUAAUGCUAUACUUCUCGUGUGUGCGUUGUUCUGUGCCCUAUUUUCAAUACAUAGGCACAAAAUUCGAUGAUAAGUACCAGUAUUGCAUGAAGUCCUUCUUUAACUUUUUCGUCAGUAAAAACGAUCGUAAAAUCAAUCGUUCGUUUUUGGAUAAUGCCUUUCGAAACGCCGCGCGAUCAGCGCGGAUGGUAACAGCAAAAUCGAAAGAUGAUUCUAAUAACAUUGCUCAGAUUUUAACUAGCACUCCGACCGGAAAGCGUGAUAUGAGAAAACCAUCACCGCCAACGCCGAAAAUCGUUUCGUUGGAACAUAAAUUGAAAACCUUCAAAUCACUAUUUGAGUCUGCGAGACUGGAAAAUGCAGCCCUUGAAAAGCAAAAUGAACAAUUAACACAGAAAAUUCAACAGCUUAAUGAAGAUAAUCAAAAACACGUCUCGAAGAUACAAACUUUAGAACUGAAACAGCAAACUAGUGAUUUCAACGAUUCAAUUCAUCAAUCAGAUUCAAUCGAACGCAAAAUAGAUUUGCUUCAAAAACAAUUAAAUGAAAAAAAGGUAAGGAUUGAAGUGCUGCAGGAGGAGAUUAGUAAAGGAAAAGAAAAGGAAGCGAUGGAAACGGAACUAAGUACUGCCUUGAAAACAAGCAAUGAAGUAUUAAAGCAGAAUCUUCAAAAGUUAGAAAGUUCUCACCAGGCUUUAAAAGACGAGCUGUGCAAGAAGGAUAUGAUCAAUUCCAAUCAAGCAGAAAUCAUUAACGAUUUACGACGCUUUAUUGGCGAAAAUCAGCUAUCUAUUGGACAAUUACCUGAUCCUUUGGAUAGUUCAUUUGAGUGCUUUGACAAAUCAUUUAAAUAUUCAUCGGCAGAUAAUAGCCACAGCUAUGCCUCUGAAAAUCUUGCGUCGACAGUUGUGGAAAUCAAACUGAAAGAUAAAGAGCUUGAAGUUGAAAUAAUGAGGAACAAAAUACAAGCUCUGGAAUCACAAGUGUCUGAACUUAAUCAGCGACUAUCACAUUCCGAUUUACUACACAAACAAAAAGAUACUGACAAAAUGAUUGAAUUGCAAAGUAAUCUAGACCAAGAGAAGGAAAAGUCAGAUGAGCUCAACUGCCAGAAUGAGACAAUACGAAAGCAAACCACCGAUUUGGAGGCUCAAUGCGUCAAGUUGUUGCAGAAAAUUGCGUUACAGGAUGAGCAUACGAUUGCUGAGCUGCGAAAUCAGUUGGCUGAGAAAGAUGUCAAGCUGGAGAAGCUGGCUCAGAUGUUCAAAGAGAAGAAUAGUCAAUACGAUAAGUGUUACGAAGACAACGAGAUCCUCUCAGUUAAGCUGUACAUGGCACGCUCGACUCUUGACAAAAACGAGGAUGCCUGGAAAAGGGAACGCGCCUGUUUGAUGGAAACGGUGGAAAAAUCAAAGAAUUCCCUAGAAGAGAAGAUUCGUGAGGCAAGAAUCGAGUACGAGGACAAAAUGGAAAAGAUGAAGGAUCGAAUGGUAAAGCUGCACAAGGAAAUGAAAACAAAAUUGGAACGGGACAACCAGAAUCUAUUAGUUGUAACGGAGCAAGGAUACCGGAAAAAACUCGAAGGGCUUGAAACGCGCUGUUCAAUGUUGCAGACACAGUUGGCGGAAAUGAACGAGCGCGAUCUAGCAACCCGAAAAGAAAAUCAACUACUGCAUAUCAAGCUGAAGACGCUAGAAGACCGAAAAUCAAUGCUACUUCCGGCGCAAGCUAGUCUUCGACGCAACCUGAGUAUGGAGGACGAGGAGGGUGAGAUUUUUAACAACAUGUAUCUAGCAGAUCUACAGAACGGCCGUUGUGGGUCACCGGGGCCGACCGACAGCUCAGGUAUUCACCGUUACUCAGAGUUGAUGCAGCGAAAUUCGAUGUUGUUACCACACUUGCGCACCAACUACGUUGCGCUCGAUCCCAACUGCGAGCUACCAUCGGACGAUACACGUGACAACAUGUCGACUACAUUCGACGACAGCUCAACUGGAUUAAUUACUCGCCGAAAAGUGAGCGGUAUCACGUCAUACAAGCGACCAGGACCACCAACGCCGAGCAAGAAAGCGGGCCGCCUCUCGCUUACAAGCAGUAACCACGAGUACAAGGAUAUAUUGCGGGAUGGGAAUGUGAACGCGACUGGGGCAGGAGCUGCCAAUUCGCUUAUUGGGCAAGGGAAAGAAACCGUGGAUGGAGGGUUGUGGCGGGGUUCGCGCACAAAAACACCCGGGAAAUUCAAGCAGAUGAUCAGUUCCUCUACCCUACUUAGCAACUUCCAGCGAGAUGAGGUAAAUAAGAAAAAAUUCUUCCCCUAUUACAUUUGA